UCUUUCUUCUUGACUCAACCGAUACGGUCUAUAGAUAGAUCCGUCUGUUAAGGAUUUCAGCCACGUUUACACCACCUCGUAAUCUUCUGCUCUCUCCUCUCCUCUCUCUUCUCCAUAUAUACACGCUCCAGAAAAUCCAGAUAGCAAGCUACAACAAGCAAGCAAGGUUUAUUGUUUUUUAUUGUUUUGUGCAUUAUUUUAUGAAGACGAUGUCGAGCGUUGAGUACCAGAAUCGUGGCGGUUUUAGAGUUUGGGCGCCAUUUUCGCUCAACAAUGCGUUUAUCAUUCGGAGCGCCCGCUACCAGAAGCUUCCUGAACAGCCGCUCCAGCUUACUGUUCUCAAAUUGGAUGGCUCUUCCUUUUGUGUUAAUGUUGCGAGGAAUGCUACAGUGGCGGAACUGAAACGGGCUAUUGAGCGAGUUUUCGACCUUUCGUGCGAGGGUGAAGUCAAAGUUUUGUGGCCACUUGUAUGGAGUCACUUCUGUUUAUGCUAUGAAUCCCAGAAGCUUACAAAUGAUAAGGCUUGUAUUCGAAACAUUGGAAUCAGAGAUGGUGAUCAGCUUCAAUUUGUGCGAAAUAUGAUGAUUGAAACAGCCGAAUAUGAAACAGCUAACCAACAAUCCCAAAGUGAGAGCAAUCACCCUGAACAAUACUCAGUGAUCAAUAUCUGUGAAGCUGGUGAAAAUGAUAGUGCCUGUCCUAACAAUCAACGCACUACUUAUUUUGAGAUUGAGGAAGAGAAGCGGGAGGAGGUGGCAAUAUCUAAUCCUGAGUUCAAUUUGGCUCAACUUGUGAAAGGAUGGGUAGGACAGCCAAAAUUUUGGUAUUCAAAAGGCAAAGGAUUGCGAGAAAGAAACCGCCCUUCAACGUUUCCCUUUCACUGCGUUAGAUCUUGAGGAUUCUGAAACCGGUAGUAGUAAUUGGUGGAAUUAUCAUCUUCUAACACAGAAUGACAGCUGUGGAGUGCCAAUGAAUAUCAUUUGUGCACACAUUUAGAUUGCAGCAUUCUUAGUAGUUGAAUUUAAAUAAAAUUCAUGUAAUGGGAUGAACAUGCUGAGUUCAAGAUGUAUCGAUAUCCCAGCUGCAUCCUCUCUCUACUAUUGAAACCUUGAUGUCAUGCUUAUUUAGAUGAAUAUGAUUUCU